CUCUUUCUCGUCCUUUUCAUCGUCCCCCUCGUCUUAUUCGUGUUGCGGGUGGCGUUUACAGGCGGCGACGCUGAGGUGAGGGUCAAGAGGUCCGCGGAGCUCCCCCUUCGCUUCAGCUCUGAUGGUGUCUUUAAGAUCCUCCAGGUAAGUUGAGCUUCGUAGCCCGACUCCAAGGAUUGGGUUUUUUUACCAUCAAGAUAGGAUUUCCUGCCCGUGUAUCUUGUAGGUGGCCGAUAUGCAUUACGGCAACGGGCUGGUGACCCGAUGCCGAGACGUCUUGCCCUCGGAGGCCGCCCGCUGCUCCGAUCUCAACUCGACGUUGUUCCUCAAGAGGAUGAUCGAAGCCGAGAAACCGGAUUUGAUCGCCUUCACAGGUUCUCCUACCGACUCUUCCUCUUCUGGUACCUCGAUUUUCGCAUGGAAGAUUCCAUGUUUCACGCGGAUUGAGGGGGCACUGGAGAUACAUUUGCUCUGGCCCUGUCUUCUUUCGUAUUCUUGUUCUCUUCUUCUUCGAUCUUUUCGGGUCGCCGUUGCGGAGGCCAUCGAUCCGCUAUUCCUCGUCGGUAGACUGAUUCUGGGUGAAUUAUCGUGCGGAAGGCGCGUUUCUUUGAGGGGCUUGUUUGCUCGUCAGAUGAUUCCGAUCGCUCGAUCGGUUAUUUCUUCAAUUAGUGUUUUCGGGCUGCCGGAAGAUGCCGCCGAGUCCACGGCACAGAUCCCACCAGUCGCACAAACACUUGAGGGACCGGUCCGACUCCGAGGAGGAUGAGAGACCGCUGGAGAGGACUAGGGAGGAGGAUUCGGUGCCGGAGAAGCGAAGGCCCUCGAAUGAGCACGCUGGGAAAGAGGUGAUGGGUUCUAGCAAUGAGGAUACCUCUGAGGAGAAGAAGCGCAAAUCAAGUGAGGACGAGGUGGUGGUCGUGGUUGCUGAUCUGUGGGACGGUGGCCAGGAGAAUACCACAAGAGGUGGAAUGGAGAGGAAUUUGGGCCUGUUUUGGACAAGUGUUCAAGAUCAUGGAAGGCAUGAGGGGUGAGGAUCAUGGAAGGAAGAAUGACUCAGUGAAGAAGAAGUCCGAAGGCAUGAGGGGUGAGGAUCAUGGAAGGAAGAAUGACUCAGUGAAGAAGAAGUCCAAAGGCAUGAGGGGUGAGGAUCAUGGAAGGAAGAAUGACUCAGUGAAGGAGAAGUCCGAAAAGACAUCAAGCCGGAGAGAGAGUAGUCAUUACAAGGAUGGAAAGGAGAGGAGGGCAGCAAGAAGAAGGAAGAGGCCCAAGAUUCCAGGCAUGUUAUGUCUGAUGAUUUGCCCAGUAGGGGAUAACAUAUUUGGAGCCAGUGCUACUGAUGCUGCUGAAUCACUCUUCAAGGUUUUUAGGCCUGCCAUGGAGUCCAGGACUCCCUGGGCUCCAAUCUUGGGCAAUCAUGACCAAGAGUCCACCAUGACACGAGAAGAAUUGAUGUCGUUCAUCUCAUUAAUGGAUUACUCAGUGUCCCAAGUAAACCCAUCUGGUUUUGUGGUCGAUGGAUAUGGAAAUUAUGACAUCAGGGUGCAUGGAGCAUGGGGAUCGGGUUUGGCUAACACAAGUGUGCUAAAUCUCUAUUUCCUUGACAGUGGUGAUCGUGUUAUGGUCAGUGGUGUCAGAACAUAUGGUUGGAUUAGGGAUUCUCAACUAACUUGGCUUCACACUAUUUCUGAAGAGCUUCAGAGCAGGUAUCCAGCUCCGGCACUUUCAUUCUUCCAUAUCCCCAUUCCAGAGGUUCGUGACCUGUGGUUUAGGGGUUUUGUGGGUCAGUUUCAAGAGGCAGUCGCCUGUUCUUCUGUCAAAUCAGGAAUCCUUCAGUCCCUAAGCUCAAUGGGAGAUGUGAAAGCAGUAUUCAUCGGCCACGAUCAUCUUAAUGACUUUUGUGGCAAAAUAAAUGGUAUAUGGUUCUGUUAUGGAGGAGGUUUUGGUUACCACGGGUAUGGAAGAGUCGGUUGGCCUAGGAGAGCAAGGGUAAUCUCUGCCCAUCUUGCAAAAGGGAAGGAGGCAUGGAUGGGGGUUGAGACAAUCAGGACCUGGAAGCGCCUGGACGAUGACAAGCUGACCAAAAUCGAUGAGCAAUUGCUCUGGAGCCAUGAUCAUCUACAACCUGGAACAUUAUAUUUGUGAUCAGUGCCCAAUUGCCAUUUUUUGUAUAGUUUUGUAUUUUGUAUAUCAUUGUUAGAUCAGUACUUCAAUUUUGUUACCUACAUUGGCGAAGAGAUAUGAAGGAAGCCUAUCAUUUAUUGGUAAA